UUUGCAGACAGGCAGAGCAGAAAUAAAAAUCAUAUGUUACAGUCUAUGCGUAUUUCUUGCGCAGGGGCUGCUUAAUGCCUCAAAAUACGAAAUAUUCAAGUGACAGCUGGCUUCAGUCCUUCGUUGGGCUCUUCCAACAGGCCCGAGAGAGGAGAGGGGGGCUUCUAACCUCGUUUUGGAUUAGCCUACACAGAAUUUAAAUGGCUGGUCCAUAUCCUUGUCUGAUUGGAUAGGACAGAGGUUGGGGAAUUAAUGGGCGGGGUAAAUGACACUGGGCAGUGGGCAGUGUAUAAGCGCAUCUGUAUGGCCGCUGUUUGUGGGACAAGCGUCAGCAGGAUACGUUAUGGAAUAAAACAAUCAGGAUCGCAAUUGGUAUGCUACCAUAGCAAACAUACUGUUUUUUGCACGGAUUGAGAAUAAGGUUUUCCAUGUGUGAAACCAAAACUCCUCUGUAGCCUGAAGACAAAGCACUCUCUCAAGUCAAGCAGCAGAGUAACCAAGAGACCCCUCAAACAGGCCUACAUAUACCAGGCCUCAGGCUUAGCGAGGUCUGAAUAGGCAGAGGCAAAAUGGAGCAGGAUGGUCAGCCUGGGUCAGAGAGCCCGAACCUGGCUUCUCUCCGGUCGGAGGAGUCCGUGAGUCAGGUGGAGGACGUGGAGCCAAGCUCCACCAGCUCUGCCGUCAACAAAAGGAGGAAGAAGAGAAGGAAGGAGCCGCGGCCGGAGUCCUUCAUUGUGUACCGGUCCGACAUGGAGAGAGCACCAGGGGAGGAGCAGGGGGGAGAGGAGGCCCAGGACCGGGGCUCUGAGGAGGGGGCCAAGUUUCUGACGACCCCCACACGUGAAGAAUGGAGUCUGCCGCCAGACAGCCGGUAUGUGACACUGACGGGCACCAUCACUAGGGGCAAGAAGAAAGGUCAGAUGGUGGACAUCCACAUGACCCUGACGGAGAAGGAGCUCCGGGGCAUCGCCAAGUCCAGGGAGCGUCUGGACGCCGAUUGCGAGCGGGAUGGGCGUUCGUGCCACUCCUGUGGGCUGGGCGUGUGCCAGGGCCCGCACGUGGUGCUGUGGAGCCUGUCCUGCGCCCCCGUGGUCUUCCUCCUGUCCUUCAUCACCUCCUUCUACUUCGGCACGCUCACCUGGUACAACGUGUUCCUGGUGUACAACGAAGAGCGGACGUUCUGGCACAAGAUCACCAUCUGCCCCUUCCUCAUAAUCUUCUACCCCAUGCUGAUCAUGGCCGUGUCGGUGUCCCUGGCCGUCUACUCGGCCGUGGUGCAGGUGUCCUGGGCGUUCGGCGAGUGGUGGCAGGCCGUCAGGGACCUGGAGAAGGGCUUCUGCGGCUGGGCCUGUGGGAAGCUGGGCAUGGAGGAGUGCUCGCCCUACAGCAUCGUGGAGCUGCUCGACUCCGACACACUCUCGGACAGCCUCCAAGGGAAAGCUCCAGGGGAGAACGUGCAAACGUCGUCUGUCUGAGGAGCCAGAGUUAAAAGUGUGCAGUCCACAUUUUUAAACCAAAACACUUUUGGUUAAAAUUAGGCAAAUUUGUUCCCCAAGGACCUCUAGGCUAUUCAUUGUGUGCACUCAAAACAACUUGACCUAGCCAGGGAGAGCUGCAAUGCAAUUGGCCGUUGAGCUCAACAACCGUUCAACAGAAUCAUGGACUGUGCCUUUAAGGUUUAAGGAAUAUUCUACUUUUACACCAUAGAUGCUGCACACCAAUUUGGUCAAUCAAUGCAUCAAUGCAGAACUCUCCAAGACAAUAUCUCUGGGGUUUUUUUUGUUUUGUUUUUUUUUCAACAAUUUCCACCUAAUGUGGAGCACAUCACAUGAAUACUGACACCUUGCACGGGUAAACCCUUUGUGAAAAUAUGCAGACAAACUGCGUCUGAGCUGGAGGAUGUGGGGUGGAUGGACGGAUGGAUGGAUGCUCUUAACAGAUGCAGACAAACAAAGCCAUUUUUAUUGUCACUGCGCAAGACUGUCUCUUUGUGUAUUUCUUAGAAAA